CAACUCCACCACAAGAGGGCAUCUAACCAGGAACUGCUGGGCCUCUUGUCCGUGGGUGCCGUCUCACGUCGAAGGUCGCCUCGGCGAUCACGACGAUAAUUAUUGAUUAUUGAUGCCAGCUGCAUUCAUUGGGCACUUCGCUCUGCUUGGAUAUUAAUAACGUGUCGACAAUCACAAGAGCGGCCAGUGUCGGGAUAGUUCGUGUUUCGCCUCGCACCGACAUCGCGUUUGUUGUGACCUAACGUCAUCGCGAGACGGAGAGCCCAGGGGCAUUGCUGGUGCUGCUCCUGUCACGAGGUUUACUGUGCUGCAGUGACAGAGUCUUGUGAUUGUCGAGCAGCGCUCUGAUCAUUCCCUCGUUCAAUCCCUUCGUUCCAUCAAUACGAUUCCCUGACGCAUCCACUCGUCCGCGCAAGCCGCUGGUACAUCCAUCCCUUCCCUCCACGCGCCGCAGUUCCCAGGGUAUUCAUUUUGCUCGUUAUUCACUUGGACGCAAUCGCAGGGGGCCAUGCGCUCCUCGUGGUGGCUCGCAGUGUCCCUGUGCGUGGCUGGUUCGGCUCUGCUGCUGAGCCGCCUUGAGCCGCCCGGACGACUCAUUACGUGGCUACAGCAGCAGCUGCUGCCCGCUCACUUCUUUCCUUCGCCGUCGUCCGGCCAGCAGAGGCUGCUCACGCUGUCAGAGCUGGGGCGAUACGACGGUCAAGAGGGCAGCCCGGGGCUCUACCUGGCCGUCCUGGGCCAGGUGUUUGACGUGAGCAAGGGCGCCAAGCAUUAUGGACCGGGUGCUUCAUACCAAGCCCUGGCAGGGAGAGACGCGUCGCGCGCCUUCGUCAGCGGGGACUUCUCCGACGCCGGGCUGGUGGACGACGUGUCCGGACUGAGCCCCGCGCAGAUGCUGGGCCUGCACGACUGGCUGUCCUUCUACCAGCGCGACUACGCGUACGUGGGGAAGCUGGUGGGCAGGUUUUACGACGAGCAGGGCCGGCCCACCGAAGCCCUGCGUGAGGUGGAGGAGGCCCUGGCGCUCGGGCACAAGGCUAAGGAGGAGAAAGAGCUGCAGAAGCGGCGAUUUCCGCCCUGCAACUCGGAGUGGAGCGCGGCCAGUGGGAGCAGGGUUUGGUGCGGCAAGCGCAGCGGUGGUGUGGAGCGCGACUGGGUGGGAGUGCCCCGACUCCUGUUCACUCCGGGCUCGAGUCCGAGCUGCGUGUGCGUGCGCACCACGGGCCCUCCGUCCGACCGGCCUGCGUCCUCCGAGCACCCCAACGCCGGUGACCUGGAGCACCCCGGCCUCAAGUCCUACCGGGAGUGCCCGCCUCUCGCCGAAUCCUGCGUCGUGCUCGCCGACUGAGAGCCGGCAGCCAUGGCCGUGGCGACGUGGCCCGGGCCGGUUAAUGCCGCCCCGGUUAAUGCCGCGCGGGUGUUCCCACCGUCAAAAAACGUUUGCCGUCCGCUUUGCAGUGUGGGCGUUAAUUAUAUUUGUGGUGUCGUUCGAAGAGGAGGAGGAAAUUGUGGGCUGGCGUCAGUGGUCCAGAUCUGUGGGCCACGCGUGGUUUACACUCGGUUAAAUUGCAGGCCGUGUUGGUGUUUAAAACUCACGGUGAAAUUUCGUCAACAAAAAAUUAUAGAUUUUUACUUUAAAUAGUACAACUUAACUCAAGCCUCCAUUAAACUGUAUUUAAACAUUUUUUUUAUGAUUGCUCUUUGACUUCCACCCAUCAGCCGCAGAGGAUUGGGUGAAGGAAGGUGGUUAAGGAAGCUGAUGAAGGAGGGUGACUGAGCCGACGAGACCUCACGAAGUGCAGUGCUGAUUCUGGCCAUUCCUGGGCUGCUGUGUCUGGGCCGGCAGAGCCUGGUUCUCGCUGAUAAUGAAAAGGAGCCAUGGGCGCAGUGCUCCCUGUUGGUACACAAGGAUUUUCAGCCACCGAGUUGUAUUUAAACUGUAAAGUUACUUUUGUUGGAGGUUGUAACUCCAUCUUGAAGUGGCUGGUGGCUCAGGAGUCGGAGCAAUGAGCCCCACACGGCUUAGAUCGGAGUUCGAAACAAGGCAACCCACCUGUGGUUAAACCGGGUUCUUGAGCGCAGUGAGGCGAUGGUCUGAUUUGGUUGUUCACUGCAUUUGGAAUAUAUAUUUGGCCAUUUUUAUUAAGAAUUUGAAAUGUACGUUUGACUGCCUUGUUAUCAAUGCUUCUCUGUAGCGGUACGUGUGCAAAAAAAGUGUGUAGAUAAAAUAGGUGACUCGGAAGUAGUUCAGGGAUAUAUCGUUCUGCGGGGCUAUUGUCUAACACAGGGUGAUGCACUGAUCGCAACGUGUCUGAUUACAUGAUGCCAAUAGUGCAAUUCCAAUGUAAUUGUGAAAUAGAAAAUAUAUAUAAGAAGAGAGAUUGGAACUGCAUCCAGUUCAGUCCAAAUUGUUAAUUUGGUGAUGGCACUUUUCUACUGUUUAUACCUUUGCCAAGGUGUACCGGUAAUUAAGUAGGGUGUUUGUAUAUAUAAACAAUUUAGUUGAUCGUUGUGACAUUUGUGGUUGGGGCUGUAACAAUGUUACUUCAUUGCAAAGUGAAAUCGUGCUGUGAUUAUUAUUUUUGUUACAAUAACUAUGGUCAUAACUCAUUGAAUAUAAUAGAUUAAUAAAAAAAAUGUUAAUUUACCUUCUACAUACGUGUACGUUCAUGAAAGCAGCAGCGACUUGGUAACCAAUAUCUCAGUCACUCUAAGACCAGUCUAAGUAAAUGUUUCGUGAUGAGUAACUGAUUUCAUUAAAACCAGGGAAUGCACGUCGAUAUGUUUCCUAUUUCUAACAGCCCCUUUGUCAAUCCACUGCUGGAUGAAGGCCUCCCCUUGCGUAAUGAUCAUGGAUCUUCUUGGACCAUACCUCACCAUGCUGGUCCGUGCGUGUUGGUGAAGAGGGGGCCCUGAACCAGUUCAAACGUUGCUCAGAUACCCAUGCCCGAGAUUCGAACUCAGGUUGCAAGGUUUGAAGUGCUGUGCGCCAAUCACUUCUCCCUUGACCCUCUGUAAUCACGAUGCCCCCAAGGAGGGCCUCUGUCUACAUUCCUUGAUGAUUGCCACGUGACUUAGAUUAUAUGGGGGUGACCGCAUAUUACACCACCACAAGAGAUCCACAUUCAAUUCGGAGAGAGCUCUCUUCAAGAAACUUCGUGCGUCUGUGAAUCCUUGUGAGAUGUGGCUACCAUCCUCUGGCUAAUGUGUAAACUGUGCAGCGCUAGGAAAGUCUAAGCUUUGAAGCGUUAAAUACACUUCGAAUGUGUAUGUCUGGGUGGCUCUGGGCUUGCGUCUGUGCCAGGCAGAACGAUUUUACAUAUUUUGCUUCAGUCACGAGGUAGGAAAAUUAGCAGUAGUAAUACUUUUAAUAACAGUGCUGAUAUGAGUAGUUGUCCCUGGAAGGCAUUUAUUAACAAUAAUUUACAGCCAUUUGUCAAUCCGCGAUUGAUGAAGGCCUCCCUACCCGUGGCGGUCAUGUGGGUUGUUUGACCAUACUUCACCAAGUUGUUCAGGGCUUGUUGGUGAAGAUGAUAGGGGUGUCCAGGACCUGUACAGAUGUGACUGCCACCGAUGUUAACCGUGGUCAGGAGUCAAACGCGGGUUUCCAGGUUCACAGUGUGGUGCGAUAACCACUGCGCAACCACACCACCGCUCCCGCACCUCCCCAGCCAAGGCCUUUAUUGGAAACACAUCCUCCAAGCCUGCAUCCAGGAGCAGAUAUCUGCAAAUUCAUUCCCCUUGCGGCUGAUUUAAACCAUUAGGUUAGACUAUUAAUAGGUGCUGUUCUCCGGCUUGUCAUGGUCAAAUUGAAUUUUGCAGCUCGGAGCAUGAGAUCCUAAAUUAAUCAAGCGUGGUUACCAUUCAAUCGAGUCCCUGGCCAGUAUAUUAAAGAAUGCAUAUUUACAAGCCAACAUUAAAUGUGGCACUGUGCAUGAAUUACCCACGUGGCGAUAAUAUCGCACGUCACAGCUUUCCCAAGAUGUAAUGUCUUUCUGUGAAUUAAAACACCGCGGGGAAGACUCACAGACCUUCACACGCGAUAGGGAUUAUCUGCAACAGAUGUAUUGGAUACAAUCCCUUGUUAUUCAUUCAAACAAAGGCACGCGCUGCCCUGCUAUCUUUGAUGUGCUCCCAGACCAAUUUUCAUCACAAGGGUGCAAGAUUCUGCUUGUUUUUUUGUUCGCAUAGCAUGACAGGGAAUUACAAUGGCAUGUUUUUAGCUGAUUCGGUUUCCCGAUUGAAGAAAUAAAAAUGGUAAAUGUCGCUACCAGUUGGGGCUAAUCCAAGCAAGUCAUCUAAUUUGUAAAUCCCAUUCAAACGGCUCCGUUUAUCAUCUUUGAUAAUGGGUUUAUGUUGAAAUGUAUACGUUCUGAAAAAAAAUUGUUCCACUACAAAGAAAAAGAGACAUUCGUGAAA